AUGACGGUCGUCAAGAAUGCGGAAGCGGGCGCCAGCUUCUCUGCCCCUCCCCCGCCUCCGCGACACAGCGAUCUGAACCUCGAUCAAGUCGACAGCCAGGAGGUUCCCGACGCCCUCGUGUCCGAUGGCUUCAGUCUGCCUUCUUUGGAGUCCGAGACCAUGGCUCCGCCUGCCUAUGGCGAUCUUCCCAACCAGCUGCAGUUCAACCAGGCCGGCUUUGAAGCUGGCGCCAACGUCACCGGGGACGGUCGAGUCAAUAUCAACAUCAAUCAAAGCGGCAGCCGCCUCGCCGAGAUCCUCGCCCCGACGCUACGCAGCCAGCUCCUCGACGACAAGCGCCCCCAAGGCCCCCUCCCACCCGCCUACAUUCCCCCGAGUCUGGGAGGCCAGCCGGGUCAGACCCCUCCGCCACAGCUCAAUCUCGUCAUACAAAUCGUUGGCUCGCGCGGCGAUGUACAGCCCUUCGUCGCUCUUGGCAAGGUCCUCAAAGACACUUACGGCCAUCGCGUGCGCAUAGCCACGCACGCCACAUUCCAAAAUUUCGUUGAAGAGAACGGUCUUGAGUUCUUCUGCAUCGGCGGUGAUCCCGCCGAGCUUAUGGCCUUCAUGGUCAAAAACCCGGGAUUGAUGCCCGGCUUCGAUACGCUCAAGAGCGGCGAGGUCAGCAAGCGUCGGAGGGGCAUCCAGGAGAUCCUCCUCGGAUGCUGGCGAUCGUGUAUCGAGGCUGGUAACGGGCUUGGACCGCCGCCGAAGCCGCAUGCUAAGAACGAGCCCCUGGAUGAGCAGUAUGGGAUACCUGGAGACCCGGCCCAAAAACCCUUCGUGGCGGAUGCCAUCAUUGCGAACCCCCCGAGUUUUGCGCACAUACACAUCGCCGAGAAGAUGGGCAUCCCGCUGCAUCUUAUGUUCACCAUGCCUUGGACGCCGACGCGCGCUUUCCCGCACCCUCUGGCCAACAUUCAGUCAACAAACACUGAUACCGUCAUGACCAAUUACGUUUCGUACGCCUUGGUCGAGAUGAUGACCUGGCAGGGCCUGGGCGACGUCAUCAACCGCUUCCGAGAGAAGGCGCUGGACUUGGAGCCCAUGUCGCUGAUCUGGGCCCCUGGCGUGUUGACGAGACUCAGAAUUCCGUACACAUACUGCUGGUCGCCGGCACUCAUUCCGAAGCCCAACGAUUGGGGGCGUGAGAUUGACAUUUCCGGCUUCUACUUCUUGAACCUGGCCUCGGCGUUCACACCUGACCCUGAUCUGGCUGCUUUUUUGGCCGCCGGCCCUCCUCCUGUUUACAUCGGGUUCGGCUCCAUCGUGGUGGACGACCCGAAUGCUCUGACCCGUAUGAUCUUCGACGCCGUGCAUCGCACUAGUGUACGGGCACUGGUGUCCAAGGGCUGGGGCGGUCUCGGCGCUGAGGAUGUUGGACUCCCCGAAGGCGUCUUUAUGCUGGGCAAUGUACCGCAUGACUGGCUUUUCAAGCAUGUGUCGGCCGUAUGUCACCACGGCGGCGCCGGCACGACGGCAGCGGGUAUCCAAGCUGGCAAGCCCACCAUCAUCGUACCCUUCUUUGGCGAUCAGCCAUUCUGGGGAGCCAUGGUUUCGAGGGCUGGCGCUGGGCCGGAUCCGAUUCCCUACAAGGAACUCACGGGAGACAAGCUUGCCGAGGCCAUCAACUUUGCCAUUAAGCCCGAAACCCAGGCAAGGGCGCAAGAGCUCGGUCACAAGAUCCGCGAGGAGAAGGGAACUGAUUUGGGUGGAAAGAGUUUUCACGAUCAUUUGGACACUGAUGAGCUAAGAUGCUCCAUCGAACCCAGUCGAGCAGCCGCUUGGCGCGUCAGGCGGACGAAAGUUCGACUGAGUCCCAUGGCCGCUGCAGUUCUCGUAGACAGGGGUCUCAUCAAAUACUCUGACCUCAAGCUUUACCGACCCAAAGAGUACAUCACGGAGGGCCAACCGUGGGAUCCCGUUUCCGCGGUGGCAACCUCUCUUGUGGCAGACCUCAGCAACAUUGGCAUGGCCGUGGCGGAUUUUCCUCGAGAGCUGUUUAAAGCCCGAAGCAAAGGGGACAAGACGCCCGAACCUCCUGCGACGCCAUCGUUUCCGGGCGGAUCGAGUUCUAGUAAGAAGUCAAUUCAUGAAAGUGACGGCGCAUCGCUCGCCCCGAGCACGCACGCUUCGGAGUCGUCCACACAGCUGGGCUUCAUGGAAACGGGCGGCUCUACGCCGACGCUUCCGCUUUCACCGCAACCCGACACAUCAUCCUUUGCGCCUUCACACACGAAUUCCACCUCGCUCUCGAUGACUUUCAGCCCGGCAGACGCCGGGUCGAUAGCUCCUAGUGAGACGGCACCGUCAGAAAACCCAUCGACAGCGCAGUCUGCGAGGCCGCCCAACAACCCAGGGAAACGGUCCUUCAGAGACUCCUCACCUGCAGUCGUAGGGGUCGAUGCCGCCGUGGCAGCUGGCACCAGCGUCAGCCGCAUCGUUACCACCGGCGUGAAGACGCCGAUGAACGUUUGUCUCGGCCUGGCCAGGGGCUUCCGGAAUGCUCCUCGCCUGUACAACGACGACACAGUUCGGCCGCCCGAGAAAGUGACAGACUUUGCCAGCGGCGUCAGAAUCGCGGCAAAGGAAUUUGGCUAUGGCAUGUUCGAUGGAAUUGGUGGGCUGGUGACGCAGCCUCUGAAGGGGGCCGAGAAGGAGGGUGUCCCAGGUCUCAUCAAAGGAUUCGGCAAGGGCAUCGGUGGUUUGAUCUUCAAGCCCGCAUCCGCUGUAUGGUCUGUGCCGGCGUACACCAUGCAAGGCGUCCACGCGACGCUGCGCAAUGCGUUCUCUACCAGCGUCCAGAACUAUAUAAUUGCAUCCCGCAUGAAGCAGGGACAGAUGGAAAUGGAAGCCGCAGGCAUGGCCGAACGUGAAGACGUCGUUGCUCGGUGGAAUAACGUCAAGUUCGAUUUGAAGAACUUCCAGGCCAUGAAGCUGAAGGAGCAGCGCGAGAAGCAGAGAGCAGACGGUGAAAACCCUUACAUGCAGGGCCAAUCAGAAAAGAGCCUCACGCCCCCAGUUACCGGUUGGUCUCACACAAGAAAGCUGUCCUUUGAGGACAGGAAGCAGCUGCACGCGCGUAAAGAGGCGUGGAAGAAGGGACACGUUGAGGCUCUCGUACCUGCGUCGAGGUCUGAUCUGUCACUUCCCGAGAGCACCACGACCAGUGUUGCCGAAGACGAGGAAUUCGAGCGCGCUAUCCGCGCGUCUGUUGCCGAGACCUCACGUGGCAAUCCAGAAGAAGACGUCGCGGUCGAGCAGGCCAUCAGGGCCAGUGUCAACCACUUUCGUAGCAGCGGCACAGGGAUCCCGGACGUUCAGCGUGAGAAGCCCAUGUCGAACGACAGAGACGCGAAGAACCAUGACCAGGACCCCUUUUCAAGUGCCGAAUUGGAAAUUACGGACGAGGAGUACCAGCAGCUUAUCGAGAAGGCGAUCCAGCAGAGUAUGUCGCUGCAGGCUGCCGGUGUGCACCCGGGACAAGGCUCGCAAGGGGACGACGAAGAAUUCCAGCGUGCUCUCGAGCAAUCCAAGAUUGCUCAGCACCGGGCACCCGAAGAUGAUGAGGAGCUGAAGCGCAUACUGGAGGAAUCAAAGCAAUACCAUACUAAGGGCCCGGCGGAUGACGAGGAGGAACUGAAGAGGGCGAUCGAGGCUUCUGAGGUCGCGCACCGGGAGCAGCUGAGCAAGGCCGCGGCAGCGCGGUCGGAGGAAGACAUUGUGAUGGAGUACGUGAAGAAGCAGAGCCUAGCGGAGGAGGAGUUUCGGCGGAGCGCGUCCAAGGGGAAGGAGCGAGAGGUUACGGACGAAGACGAAGACGAAGACGAAGAUCUCAAAAAGGCAAUGGAGGAGAGUUUGAAGCUGACCGGGCGGCAGGGGGGAUCGAGCUCUUUUCAAUGA